AUGGGCCCCUGUACCGCCUCCUCAUGCUGCUGCCAGGCCCGUAAUCUGCCAUGGGCCACCCCGUACCAACUCCUCAUGCUGCUGCCAGGCCCGUAAUCUGUCAUGGGCCCCUGUACUGCCUCCUCAUGCUGCUGCCAGGUCCAGAGUGUGUCAUGGGUCCCUGUACGGCCUCCCAUUGCUGCUGUCUCCAUCACCACACUCUGCCAUGUGCCACUUUCAGGUCUCCUCACACUGCUGGUGGUUUCCAUUUUUGUCAUAGGGUGCUGUAUGGCCUUCCAUUGCUGCUGCCUCCACCGCCACACUGUGGCUCCACACUCUGGUUUUGGCCCCGUGACUGCCCAAAUGAGUGAAGUGUGCGGUGAUUCUAAGAUCGACGGCACUCAUCUGCAUGUCAUACUGACUGACAGUAUUAUUUCUCUUCCCCAGCAGACUCCAAGGGCAUUUAAAUUAAAGGUACAGUGUUCUGCACUAAUAUAA